AAUGACGACAGCCACUAUCACGGUGGCACAGCCAGGACAGAUGGCAAACCACCCCAUUCAGAGUCACUUGCGGCUAGCAUGCGCAUGUUUGACCAUAUUUCAAGGUCAGCGCGCCGACGGUGCCACAUUUGCUGGCAACUCAAAGUACAAUCUUGGAUUCGAUGCUGCUUGGUCGGAAGCCAUGAACCUGGAUCAAAAUGCUCUGAAGGAGCCCAAGUCGGCCGAAGCAGCGCUCUGGGCUGUCUUCAUCAUCUGCGUGACAUGCGAGUCCACCAUCACUUUCUUCCACCGCGUGCUCUACGAUUUGAUGUCAUCCCUCCAGCUUCAAUAUUGGGAACAAGUACGGAAUGUCUUACUGGAUUUCAUCUAUCCUGGCAGUUUCCUGGACGAGCCUUGCAGAGCCUUCUACAAUAAACUGCAAGCGGGUCAAGUGCCAGUCAGCUGAAGCACUUGGGCUUGUUGAAUGCGUCUAUUAGACGCCUGUGGGGAAGUCAGUAUGCAGCUCGAAGUUUGAGCAGCCGGUCCGUGGUGAAUAGCCAUGCACCAGCCUCGGAAUAGCGCACUCGCCCCGGCCGAUGACUCGUCUGAGCACGUCACUGUGCCAUGACAUAUUCCUGGUAUCGGAUUGUGGACAUCGAGGAAUCGUUCCAGCUCUUGAUUCUCAGGCCCGAGCGGCGAUCAUCCUCGGUGUGAGGCUUCUGGAGAAACACCACGAAGAAUGCCACUGAUGUCGUUGGCUCAAAAAAAUGCUCGCAAGAAUUUCCGCCACCCGGGAGAUAUUGAGUGGAAGGAUGAGGGCGAAGGAAUGCUUCAAACACAUGCCGAAUAUCUCAGAAAGAGAGGGACAAGAACAGGAACAGAAUCCAAGAUCUUUUGAAAUCUAGAAGGAUCACGCACACAAUUAUUAUGCUGCAUGGAUUAGCUGCAUACCAAAUGCAUGUAGGUAGGCGACAGCAACAAGACUACUGUAACAGUCACAGAAAACGCGCUAGUAGCUUAUG